CCCCUAAAGAGGCUCGAUGGGCCGUCAGUUGAUUUAAAACUUGUUGCGAAUUCCUUGUCUUGCAGACUUUAUCCCGUGAAAGUUCGGAGCCUUUCCAAACCAGACGAAGAGGGGGGCCGAUGAUUCAGGCAACUCAGUCUCAAAUCUCGAACUGGGUAACCAUUCUUCAUAUUCAUCUCCUAAAUCAAUUAUUUUUUGUCUCAACCAAAUCAAAUGCUACGUUUCAUUUGCUCAAAAUUGCCCCAAAAACUGAGGCACAGACCUUCGAAACCUAGCCACGCAAACUUUUUCUCGACCUCCUCCCUCAAACCCACCUCAGAACUUCCUAAUCCCAAGAAUUCAUGUGGGCUUUCUUUCGAAUCGGCCAUUUUGUUUUCCAAGAAGCUCAACAUUGAGAACGUAAAGAAUACCAACUCCGUUCUAGACCUGUUGAGAAAUCACGGUUUGACGCAGACCCACAUCAGGAACUUAAUUAGAAUUCGUCCACCAUUGCUUUCGGCUGAUUUAGAGAAAACCCUUAUGCCCAACAUGAAAGUGUUUGAAUCCUUGGGGUUUUCUGGUUCUGGUCUCGCCAGAAUGCUUAGCAAAUACCCAGCUGUGCUAGAAAGUGAUGCACACGCUGCUGUUGAGUUUUUUAGAGCACAUGGCUUUAGUGAUGAGCAAAUAAAAACAUUGACUAUGACGUGUCCCGAACUUUAUGUGUAUAAUGCUCAAAAGAUUCUUCAGCCAAAGUUGGAGUUUUUCAAAUCGUUAGGUUUUUCAGAUCUUGAAAUUACAAAGCUUUUAUCCACAGAGCCGUAUAUUCUAAAAAGGAGCCUCGAAAAACAAAUCAUUCCGUGUAUUCAAGAGCUUAGGCGGUUUCUCGGAACUGACAAGAAUGUCUUAAAGGCUAUAAGGAGAUGUUACGGAGUACUUAGAACAGACGGGGUGCAUAUAUUACAGCCCAACAUCAAUAAGUUGAUAAGCCAUGGUGUUCCCCAGUCAUUAGUUUUGAAACUCUUCUUUUUAAGACCUUUGUCACUGCAUAUCUGUGGCAAUCGGUUUAGUGAGAUUGUUAAUGAAGUUAUGAAAUUGGGUUUUGAUCCCAAUUGUCUGAAAUUUGUUCUAGCCAUCCUGUCCAUGUCACUAAAUAGUAAAACACUGUGGGAGCAGAAGGUGGAAGCUUUUAGAAGUUUUGGUUUGUCAGACGAUGAGAUUUGUUCAGCAUUCAAGCGGCAACCAUUGUGUAUGGCUAUUUCGGAGAAGAAGAUCAAGAAAAUGAUGGGUUUCUUUGUGAACAAACUGAAGAUGAAGCCUUCUAUGAUCUCCAAGAGUCCGAUUCUUCUACUGCAUAGCUUGGAGAAGCGGAUUAUUCCCAGGUGUUCAGUUCUGCAAGUUUUGAUGUUUAAGGGGUUAAUCAAGGAGGAUAUUGGCAUCCCUUAUAUGGUCACAAUGGCCGAGAGGGAAUUCAUGGUGAAAUUUGUGAGCAAGUAUCAAAAUGAGGUUCCUGAUGUUGUUAGAGCGCACCAAGGGAAGAUUGAAUUUCAAGGGCUCCCCAUAGCCAUGGAGAUGUGAGUACUUUUGACAGAAUCAAAUGAGACAUUGGCUAAAGAUCAUGAGUUCAGUUUUAGUUCAACAUGUUUGCAGUUGGGUAAAUUACUUUUUUGAGGUGUCUCAGAAACUUUAUAUGGUAAUUGUCCUUGAUUUUGAUUCCUUUUUUAGUUGCCCCUCAAUUAUCAUUUUACUGUUUGGAUUUGCUCUUA